AUGUUGUUUACUGUACUAAUUGUUAUCAGUACUGUGAUUGUUAUUACUUUAUACGUCGUUGGAAAAUGUAACGAACGUUAUUGGAAGAAACGUGGUGUGACUUUCUAUGAGAAGAACAGAUUGACUGGACCCUUCUUAAAUUUUCUUACUGAUAAAGAACCGCUUUUUAUUCAUCUUUAUAAAAUUUACCAGCAAUAUCCUAAUGAACCGGCUGUUGGAAUAGGUGGAUUCUUUACACCUACACUUUAUAUAAGAGACCCCGCAAAUGUGCAAGCCGUACUUUCAUCAGAUUUUAAUUCUUUCUAUCACCGAGGCGUUGAAAUUAAUGAGGAUGAUGUAUUGGCCAACAACAUCUUGUUUCUAAAUGGCAAUAAAUGGAAACUUAUAAGACAGAGUAUGACACCUCUAUUUACUACAUCCAAACUGAAAAGUAUGUUCUAUAUUAUUGAUAAAAGUGCACAAGAUUUCUUACAGUACUUAAAAGAGAACAAAGAAAUCCAAAAAGGUGACGCCUUUCAUACCUUGUCUACAUUUUGUAGUGCUGCCAUCUGUGCUACAGUGUUCGGUGUAAAUGCAGAAUCAAUAUUCGAUUCACCGUUUUUAAAGAUUGCACGGGGAAGUUUUCGCUCAACCCUCAUAACUAACAUACAAUUCCUACUUUCACAUUUCGCCCAAAAAUUUUGUCAAAUAUUAAAUAUAAAAGCUUUUAAAGAAUUUGAAGACUUUUUUGUAGGAGCCAUAAAGCAAGUUAUUCGUCAGCGUGAGAUUGAAAAUAUUAGAAGACAUGAUUUUGCUGAUAUUUGCAUAGCUUUAAAGAAUAGUGGGAAACUUGUUGACCCUGAUACUGGUCUGGAAUUAGAUCCAACGGAUGAGUUACUCGCUGCACAAGGAUUUUUCUUUUUUGUUGCUGGAGUAGAACCGAUAGCUACAGCAAUGUUUGCUACUUUUGUGGAAUUGGGUAAAAACCCAGAAAUACAAAAACGUGUUCAAGAUGAAGUUGAUGGCGUUUUCGAAAAACAUAGCGGAUCAAUAUCUUAUGAUAUCAUUUCUGAAAUGGUUUAUCUCGAUAUGGUCAUCAAAGAAGCUAUGAGAUUGCAUCCCGCUAUUGGUUUCGUAACAAGGAAAUGUGUUGAGGACACCGUUUUACCAGUUGGUAACAUAAAAGUUGAUAAAGGAACAAAAAUUUUUGUACCGAUAUAUGAAUUACACCAUGAUCCGAAGUAUUUUCCCCAACCAGAGUUGUUUAAACCAGACCGAUUUUCUAGUGAAAAUAAACAUAACAUCUUAGACAUCACAUAUUUGCCAUUCGGUAAAGGUAAAAGAAUUUGUAUUGGUAUGAGAUAUGCUCACAUGCAAGUCAAAACUGGUUUAGUUCAUAUAUUAAGACAUUUUAGUAUUAAGACAAAUAUAAACAAAGAUGGUAUGAAGUAUAUGAAGCACCAAAUUCAAGUGAGAUUGGAAAAUGUAGAUGUUGAAUUUGUACCUAGAUAG